GUGCCAGGGCCGGGCGGUGCAGCCGGAAGGUCCCGCCCCGGCGGGGGCGGCCCCGGGCGCGGCACAGGCCGGGCCGCCCCUUCGCGCUCCGCUCCGCCAUGGUGGGGAAGGCCAAGCGCCCGCGGCUGCACCGCGCCGCCCCCCGGGCCUGGCCCGCCCGGGACCCGAUGCCGCUCCCCGCACCCGAUCCGGGCCCUGGCCCCGGGAAGGACUGGGACUUCUCAUCUUCUGAUGUCUUUUCUGGGCUGAAGAUUGACCCUGAUACCCUGGUCAAGAAGCUCGACUUGGACUCCAGAAGCAUCAUUUCCUCCAGGACAGGUUUAGAAGAAAAAACAGUUCUUUCCAAAAAAGAAAAGAUGAAGCUGAGGAAAGAAAGAUGGCUGCAGAAAAUAGAAAGUGUGAAGAUAAUGAAGCAGAAGCAAAAAGCCGAAGCAAAGCGAAAAGCAACACCUGUGGUGGGAGACAUGCAGCCCUUGAUGGAAGCCCUACCUGAGCUCUCUGACCUGACCACAGGUGGCAGGGGCAGGAAGCCAGUCAAGAGCCAUAGAGCAAAGGCAGAACCAUCAGACUUCUGUCUGAUGAAACAAGCUCAGAAACAUCGGCUCCUAGAGGAGGAAGUGGCUCGGUUUCAUGAGGUUAUCACCGAUCCCAAGUACAGAGCCAACCCCCUCAUGGCCAUCAGCAACCACCUCUCCAAGAGGCUGAGGCUGGGGGAAGAAGGGAAUCCCCUCUAGAGUGUCAGCUGGGACCAGAGCAGCGCACCAGGGUGCAAAGGCCCUGGGCUGCGAAGGAGCACAUCUCUGACACGACCUCUCAACCACUUCGGUCCUUGGAAGCAGUUCAGCAGAUGAUUAAAUCCAACAGCCCUGGUUUCUGUCUGCAAGAAUAACACAGCUCUCCUGACAGGGGCAGCUGCCCCUUUGCAGGCAGUCUGCACAGAGCAGGGCGUUCUGUGGGAUCUUUGUGCAGGCAUUAAUCUCCCUGCAAAGUGUCUUGAUACAUUUGCUCUUCUUGUGAGCAGGCACAAUUUCUGAAAUUGUGCCAAUGGCCAAGCAUCUGUUUUCUGUCGUUUCCCUCCCCUUCCUGACAACUCUGAAAAGAGAUUCCCGAGUGCUGUGUUGGAAUGGGUCAGGACUCCAAGCCCAGGAGGCUGUUGGAGAUCUGUCAGGAUGAAUGCUGCUGUUCACAGACAUUGUUUUAUGUGAGAAAUUUAGCUUUGAAAUAAACACACUUUCAUACAGCA